CAGACUCCCGUUAGACUCCAUGGAGGAUCUUCCCUUACCGGCCGCGUCACAAAACGAGCUCUCGGUCAUUAUCGGUGGGAGGAGUCAUAGUUGUUGUCUGUUUUUGCCAACCGAAACUAACAGCCUAAAACCGAAACAAGAACACUUAAAUACAACACAACUCGGAAACAUUGACGAGCGAAUUAAGUCACAACAACAAUGUCUUCGCUCAGCAGUAAAUCAGCGCAGGAGAUCAGCGAGCUGCUGGAUGAGUACGGGAUAAAGCACGGGCCUGUGGUCGACUCCACCAGAAGUCUGUAUGAGAGGAAGCUGAAAGAGGCCAUGGCCAAAGGGAAAAGAGUGAAACCAUCAUCUGACAAAACUUUCUACAGAGAAGAGGAGGAGGAAGUCACCUAUGUUUACAGGUCACCUGUAAGGAGUGAGGGUGCGGGAGACAGUGUGUCUUACAUGAGGUCCAGACCAGAGUGGGGCGAGAGGGAAUUUGAGCACGAGACGUCUUACUCAGGCUACUCAAGGUCAAAGCCUGAAUACAGAGGACGGGAAUAUGAACAAGAGACGUCCUACUCAACCUACUCAAGAUCAAAGCCUGAAUACAGAGGACGGGAAUAUGUUGACGAGCCCCACAUGUACGACACGCCCUCCACUUACAGAAGCUCCUACGUGAACUCACCACCCAUGAAAUCUAAAGAUCCUCCUCCAAAGAAGGCACCGGAGUCGUCACGUCUCAUCCCACUGUGGGUUCAGUUUGUGUUCUUCCUCGCUGUGGCCGUGUUACUCUACUUAGUUUUUUCCAAUAUGGAGACAAAUGAAUCCCUCAAAGGAAUAGAAUGAUCUUUUUUUUUCUUUUUUAAUUCGUGGAUUUUACGGGGAUGUUACACUCCAUUGUGCAUUUUAAUUGGAUAAAUGUAUUUUGGUCAAUGCCUUUAUUUUAGACAUUGCUGAAAUUGGGGUGUAUGCAAUAAUUUUAUGCUUUAUAAUUGCAGUUUGUUUGCUUGCUUAUGUUUAUAGUUGAAAUUUUUCACCUAACUUCACUACAGCACUGCUAUUAUAAUAGACAAGGAUGUCAUAUUUAGAAAGAGACAUUUCGAUGUGGACAUACAGCAUCACAAACUGCACACUAAAUGCCAUUGUACUGUGCUGAGCCUCAGCCAGUGAUAUCUCCUGUAAGCCUCAGCAAGUCACAGUGAAUCUAUCAGCGUGGGAACAUCAAACUUUUUAUCCACAUCAUAGAAUUCUUAACAGGAAAUAUCCUGCACAUCUUUUACAUCAAAAUUGGGCAACACAAAUCUCUCAUUAGAUUUAACAGACCACUGUUUAAUUUUAGAUUCCACAAGAAUUUAACCAGCUUGUCUUCUUCUGGCACUAAAAGAUGUAAGAGAAUAUGUCCAUAUAUAGUCUGUUAAGUAUUAAAUUAAUUGCUCAACAUCUAUUUAGCGCCCCAAAGUUUUCCUUUUUUUCUGCGUUGAUAAUAAGGGUGCCUAGCGGUCUAUUAUCCUGUGUAUAUUGUCAGUAUGAAGAGUGACCAACUCCUUGUGGUUAAUUUAAUCUUAGGGUACAAUGCUUCCUUUUGUCAGUUAUCAGGAAUAAUUACAAUGAAGUACAGCUGGGACUAUUUUCAGACCAGCUGUAACGUAAGUGCCUCAGUGGUUUUGUAGGAAUACUGAAUGUUUUUUCAGUGUUUCAUAAGUAGUUGGGGAAAUGUUUUAUCUUGUUUAUAAAUAUCAGAUUGAACUGUUUAUACGAGCUGUGGUGCCACGUUUGUGCUUUGUUUCAGUGUAUAUCACACAUUUGUACUACAUAACCCAACUUUUACAUCCUGUAGCGUUCAAUGUGAUGUGUUUUGUAUCGCUGUUACAUAAUUCAAACCAUUAAAGAGCUUGUAUAUGUAAA